AUGGACGCGAAGCCUUCAUCAAAGCGGAUAUUCUCGAAUCUUACGUCCCCAAGGACUUCUGCUGCAAAGCUUCGUUAUGUAGGACUUGAUUCUGCUAACUCUACAAAUAUUGGGCUUCCAGAGCGUGAAAUGGGACUCCUACCAGAAACAAGUCCAUGGGUUUAUUGCACCGGAAACUUUCGACCGGAGAGUGCUUACAUACUUGAGCAUCUCAGCUUCGUGACAAAGACUUUGGCGCACUCAGCUGAAGAAGGAGCUCGGUAG